AUGGCUAGCCCAAAGGGACCCUUCCGUCUUGUCACUGUCAACACAGCUCCUGAGAGAGCCAAGCGUCUCAUCGGACGGGUCGCCGACACACUGAAAGAUAGAUACACAAUUAUCCAUGUGCACAAUUGCGAGAAAAUCGAGGAGAUUGCCCCUAAAGUGAAGAAGCAUAUGCCCGACGUUCUGUUCAGUGCCUCCAUGUGGACCGAAGAGGAAGCCCGUCAGAUCCACGGCAUUGCUCGGGAAAUCAAUCCCAACAUCAAGCUGCACGCCAUUCCCACAGGCCUCCAGGUCGAGAGAGGUCCCGACGCUAUCGUCGAGUACCUCUGUGAGAAGGUGCCGCCACUUCUAGACAGUUAA